CGCACUAGCCAUGCUGGCGUACCGCACCCCUUGACUCCCCAAGUCCGGGACUCUCUCCUUUCCUCCCUCUCCCCACCUGGCGCGGUGGGGGCCCUCUAAACCCCUUGGUGCCAUGCGCCCCCUCCCCAGCCAGGCCAUGCACGAUGACACACACCCCCCGCAGCAGCCUCCGGGGCCUCCCCGCCGCUCCCCUUAAAGCAAUCCACGGGGGCGGGGGAGGCGGCGGCAGCACGAACACCAACACGGCCCUAAGCGAGAGAGGUCCGGAAAGAGAGAGGAGAAAAAUGGCUCCAAGUCGGGACCGCCUGCUGCAUUUCGGGCUCAAGUCUACCAUGUUCUCAAACAAUGAUGAAGCUGUGAUCAAUAAAAAGCUUCCCAAAGAACUACUGCUAAGAAUAUUCUCUUUUCUGGAUGUUGUUACAUUGUGUCGCUGUGCUCAAGUCUCCAGGGCUUGGAAUGUUCUAGCUCUAGAUGGCAGCAACUGGCAGCGGAUUGACCUGUUUGAUUUCCAGAGGGAUAUCGAGGGCCGAGUAGUAGAGAAUAUUUCUAAAAGAUGUGGUGGUUUCUUACGAAAGUUAAGUCUGCGUGGGUGUCUUGGAGUAGGAGACAAUGCAUUAAGGACCUUUGCACAGAAUUGUAGGAAUAUUGAAGUACUAAAUCUAAAUGGAUGUACAAAGACCACAGAUGCCACAUGUACUAGCCUUAGCAAGUUCUGUUCCAAACUCAGGCACCUUGACUUGGCUUCCUGUACAUCGAUAACCAACAUGUCUCUAAAAGCACUGAGCGAGGGAUGUCCACUGCUGGAACAACUGAACAUUUCAUGGUGUGACCAAGUGACCAAGGAUGGUAUCCAGGCUCUAGUGAGAGGCUGUGGAGGGCUCAAAGCCUUAUUUCUUAAAGGCUGCACACAGCUUGAGGAUGAAGCUCUCAAAUACAUUGGCACACACUGUCCUGAACUGGUGACUUUAAACCUGCAGACCUGCCUACAAAUCACAGAUGAUGGUCUCAUUACAAUAUGCAGAGGCUGCCACAAAUUGCAAUCUCUCUGUGCUUCUGGCUGCUCCAAUAUCACAGAUGCAAUCCUGAAUGCCCUGGGUCAAAACUGCCCUCGGCUUAGAAUAUUAGAAGUGGCAAGGUGUUCUCAGCUAACAGAUGUGGGCUUCACUACUCUGGCUAGGAAUUGCCAUGAACUAGAAAAAAUGGACCUAGAAGAAUGUGUUCAGAUAACAGAUAGCACAUUAAUUCAGCUCUCUAUACACUGUCCAAGACUUCAGGUGUUGAGUCUGUCUCAUUGUGAGCUGAUUACAGACGAUGGAAUCCGUCACCUGGGGAAUGGAGCCUGUGCCCACGACCAGCUGGAGGUGAUUGAGCUGGACAAUUGUCCACUUAUCACAGAUGCAUCCCUGGAGCACCUGAAGAGCUGCCAUAGUCUUGAGAGGAUAGAAUUGUAUGACUGUCAGCAAAUCACCCGGGCUGGAAUCAAGAGACUCAGGACCCAUUUACCCAAUAUAAAAGUUCAUGCCUACUUUGCACCCGUCACUCCGCCUCCAUCAGUAGGGGGCAGCAGACAACGCUUCUGCAGAUGCUGCAUCAUUCUAUGACAUUGGAGGCGAUCAGCCUUGGCGAACUAAGUAUUUAAUGACACUUCUAGAGUUACCACGGAGUCUCUCCAGCGGAAUCGACCCCAGUGUUCUGAGCAAGGGCCAGAAUAGAGGGCUGUGUCCGGAUCCCCCAAGCCACACAUACACAUGCAUAUAUACCCACACCGUCCACUCCAGCUGACGUACUCUGUGACAGUGGGACUUGAAUCUGUGUUGGCUUUUUUCUGACAGGUAGUUUGGUGUAACUUGAAACCAUUCCUAUUGGGCAUGCUCAGAAGAGAAUCAGAAUCCAAGGUGGGGGGCAUUCCAGCAAACCCAGGGUCACUGCUGCUGGGGUUUGUUUGUUCUUUUUGUUUGGGGUUUCUUUUGGGGAUGUCAGAACACUAAUGAGAGCUCUCCAAAGAGAAGGAAAGUAUGGACAAAUACAGUAAAUGUUGCAUCCAGGGACCAGAAAGAAAGAAAAAUCCUUCCUCCUAUAAGAGAAUGAAGAUGGCACCCAUUCAUGAGACUGUAUUACAGUGCUUCUCUGCUUCCUUGUUUCCAUACCAACAUGCUGAGCAUGCCCACAUAGAAGGCUCAUCAGUCAGAGCAUUCAGUUCAGAGAUUUCCUAGAUGGUUACAGUGAUUUAGCUUGAAAUCUCUGAUACCCAAAUUUGUUUCUUUUGUUCACUUACUCAUUGUGGUGUUCUCCUUCGCUGUCUUUGAGUGUGUUUGUCUGUGUCCGUGUCUCAUUUUCUCUUUGUGUUGCUUGCUGAAGCGCACUCUGUCGCCUGCUCAACUUUUGUCUUUUUUGCUGUCUUCUUGUUUAAAGUUUUCCAUUUGGGGUGAUUUAGUUGAGGCUGCUGGACACUUUUUAAAGAAAAGUUAUUAAUUAUUAGUAAAAAUGUUUUAAAAUUCUACUUUUUUACCACUAGAAAGACUGCCUAAGGCUCAGUCUAAUGAGAAGCUCUAAAGAGCAGGUGAGGGAAAAUGAGCUAAAUAUAAGCUCUUGCCCCUUUCUUUCGGAAACAAUUCAUAUUUUUGCCUUUUGAGUUCCUCCUUAAGAAGAGAACAUAGUUUGUGACAUAUUCAGGUGGCUGUGCUCAUCAUCAUCAUGCUCCCUAUGUUUCCUUGAGUUGAAUCCUGAUAAUCAGUCGAGUGUCUUUCCUAAGGCAUGAGAGAGCAGUAUUUUUUAAGCAGAAUUGAUUGAGAAAAAUACCAAACCUCAGUCUGAAAACCCCUGACCCUUCUUUGAAUCUCAUGCUGUGAACUAAGAUUUAUGUACGCUCAACAAUAUUGCUAACUUUGAUGUUGGCUAAGUGUUUUGUCUCAGGAAGGAUACUUAGAUGAAACACAUUGCUGUCAGUGCUGCCGAUUUUUCUUAUGUGUCUCUCCCCUUCUUCCUACACCACCCUGAACCCUAUGGUAGUGUGUGGCUGUUGUAUUUAGGGUUAUCAAUUUCAGGUCUGAUGUUGGUCAUUCAAAGGACCAGCAAAACCUUCCUAAAGAAGUCACUUACCCAGUCUUGUCAAUGCACGCCAGAUAUUCAGCAUAAGCAUAACCCGGUGGGAUUGGGUCCUGGAGGAUAUUGGGAGCAGCCCUCAGAAGGCUUAAGAUAAUCAAUGCAGAUGAAAGUGGUCCUUGUCUCCCCAUGUACUUCAGUACUUGAGAACUGAGGGAGAAUGGUUUUUGGAGUGAAUUAGGAAAAAUGAGAUGAUUUUCUAAAGCACAAGUAACAGAUUUCUAGGCCUCCAGAGUUGGAGCUUUUUGUUGUUGUUUGAUAGGAGAUUAUUUAUAUGGUCAAGGUAACCUUUUGUCACUUUCUGACUGAUCUAAGCAGCUCCAAGGGUCAUUUUUCACAUUACAGGUGAUGGCUCCCUCUCCUAAGACCACCAGCAUAUGUUGGAAUUAGCUUGGGUUGUUUGUUCAUUAAUUGGAAAGGCUUCAGGAGAUGAGAGAAUGCUGGGAAAGAGCCUGUGGCACUGCCUGCCAUUUAUUGUGUUUAAUUCUGAUCUUGAACUGACUGUGCUUAAAACCACAAAGAACUUUUUCUCUUCUCAGUUCCUAAUUUUGGAAAUAUCUAAAAAAAAUAACAAACCGUAACAACUUUGUAAAGGGACUGAUCCAGGAGGUUAAGUUUUGAUACCAUAGCUAAUAAUUUGUAUUAAAUUUUGAAAAGUGUAAUGGGGAAGGGGAUACUGGAGACUAAUUUAGGGCCUUUUUUCCCCCCAGAAAAAUGCAUGUUGUUCACAUCUGGCAAGCUGAUCAUAAAAUUCUUUGCCAGUUCAGUUGGGGAGGAGAGGAGAAGGAAGUAGGUGGCAGCAGUGGACUUUUAUAGGCCUUCCAGUGCCUAUAGUAAACAGAUGUCAAUUUGAAACGCCUUUCCCAAAAAUCAAAAUUAUUUCUUUUCAAGGACACAGCUUCUCCUAUUUAGUGUUUUAUUGGAGACUUGAUUUCUAAAAGUAUAGAGAUCUGGCCCAGAUGCAGAUUAGGACUGAUUUGGCCUGACCUGGUAAUCCAUGCUAUAGAAAGAAGAGUGCCAGUCUUUUAGGAAUCAUAAGGAGGAGAAUUUGAAUGAAGCUUCUGGUACAUUAAGUCUGUGAAAUGGGUUGCAUUGGCCAUUUUAAUUUCAUGCUCUAAGCAUUAGGAUUUAGCUUUAGGAUUUAUUUAUUUCUGAUGACAAUGCUGAUCCCUUUAAGCUUGGAAAGGAUUUGCUCCAGUGUUGUUAGAUAAAAUCCCCUUGUCUUCAUUCAAACUAAGCCCUAAAAGAUUUUCCUUGGAGAAGACUAUUGUAGCUUCCAAAAACAUAGGAUGUAGUGAUCUUAUGUUGAGUGGAAAGAAGCUUGAAAUUACUGUUCUCCCCAUUCAUCCAUAUCUAAAAUCCUGUCAAUAGCUGUGAUCUUAAGAGGUCUUUACUAAAUCAAAUCCUUCUCCCUCUUAAAGGCCAUUUGCAUGUUUUUUGGUCACCUAUAUGAUGUUUCCUAAAUCAAAUCCUUCUCCCUCUUAAAGGCCAUUUGCUUUUUUUUUUUUGUCACCUAUAUGAUGUGUCACCUAUAGUAGAGAAAAAGGGGUCUGUGUGACUUGAGAGUUUCUUUACAGAAAUGGUUUCAGGAUUAAAAAAAGAGGAGGUAAACAGCCCUACCCAACUAGUUACCACAAGCCAGGGGACAUUGGUGCUAUGCCAACUGAAGUGAAUUCUUGAAUGUCAGUCAUCAAUUUUCUAAACAUUCUUUCUCUCUGUUCAAAUUUCAACCAAUAAUGCUUGCUUUUCCUGAUUUUAUUUCUACACUUUUUCCCCUCAAGGCUUUUUUUUUUAAAUGGAUAUUCCUCUUUACCCUCUAAAUAAAGCCUCUGCCUGUCCCAGCAAUGCUAAGGUUAUAUCAGAUGUCUCCAGUGCCUUUCCCUCAUAGUUAUGCUUGUGUAUAGCCAAAAAAAUGCUCAUCAGCCUUGAAUUCUGCCAUUUUCUGGUGAGUCAGACCAUUUGUCACUAGAUCUGAAGUUUGUUGAACUGAAAUGAGCUUGAAAGCAAACUUUCCGUUGGAUGUAUCCUAGGAGAAAAGGGUUCUGACUUCAAUCUUUUUUUUUCCCCAAUAUUGAGGCUAUGAUGAAUAUGAAAGUACGUUGUACUCAUAUUUCUCUGUGUAUGUUUUUUCUUUUCUAAUUUUCUAAUUUCAUCUCUAACAUUUUGGGAGCCUACAGCUAUUUUAAAGAGACUUUUAAAUGAUCUUUGUAAAUUUCCAAUAAUCUUCAUAUCCAUCAUAGACUAAUUUUUAAUCAGAUACAAGUCAGAAACUUGUUACAUAUUCCUUUAAUUAUAUAUUCUGGAGAGAUAUCUGCAAAAUACUUUUCAUGCAGUCUUCAUCCAGAUUUUGGCCCUCACUGAACAUUUAAAGCGUAACUAUAAUAAUGCCAAAUUAACCAGAACUUAAAAUAUAGAAAAUGCAACCAUAUUUUUGUAUUGCCUUGUAAGAUACUGUUGCCAGUUGUUCAGUGCACCAAUGGUAGGACUGAGGGAGAGGGUUAGAGGUGACAUAAAAAGAAAAGUACCUUGAAGUUUAAUGAAGGGGAGAAGAGCAUCUCUUUGGUUAUUGUAAGCUGGAAUGGGGAGAAUGUGUGUCCUUAUCCAGUUUUCCUUUUCCUAUCCAUAUCAACAAUAUGUUGAGGAAAUUUCUUAAUAAAAUUGUGGAGAGGUUUUUUUUUUGUGUGUGGGGGGAGGAGAAGGGUGGGCAGGAAGAGGGAUGCUAUUAAUGCAUUAUGAUUGAGCCCCGGCCACUAUCUUUAAAUUGCUGCUGCUGCCCAAGACUACUCAUACCACCACCGUUAAUUACCCUACAUGGAUACAGAUUGGAAAAAAUAUGUGUUGUUACUGCUGCCUCAGUUAUUGAAGGGUAGAAUGAGGAGUUCAGUGAGGAUAUCUAUUCCUGUUGUGACACCCUUAGGCACUUCUGAAACACUUUUCAGUGUCUUCUCCAUCUGCUUCCUAGCUGUUGUGCUUUAUUUUCCUCAGACCUUUUGAUUAGCAGAACCUUUGGGCAAAGGUAAAAUGUUUGAGUUGUAGAUCUUGAAGUAGAACUGACCAGUGAGGCCCGACAGCCCCAAAGGAAUGGACAGAGGACAGAUGUGAACAGUCCCCUUUCCAUUCAACUGUAGUCACUAAAUUGAUAGUGAGCUUGACAAGUCUGGUAAGGCCAGGUUGUAUUACCCAGACAAUUCAGGAAGAUAGCAGUGCUAACCUCUAUAUACUUACAUAAUUAAUUGCGUAGAUGAGCCCUAAAAGCCUGUAGUUCUACAAGGGAGGGGUAAAAGGGAGAAUAUAAAUUGAGAACCACCUGCCAUCACCCAGCCCUCUCAUUUCUGAUAGAUUGCCUUCCAUAUAACUAGAAAAAUCCUUAUGAAGUGAAUGAGUUCUUAGCAUGGGAUUCUUCCAGGUCCUCUUGUUUAUCAGUAUCUUUUCCUCUUUGGGGCUUAUUGUACUGCUCAGGAAUUUCAGGAACUAGUCCCAAGCUGUACUUGGGUGAAUAUAGUUGUGUCCCAGUGGAGUCCUACUUAAGUUUAAGCAGAACAGGCUUCAUUAUAAUUGCUCAUAGAUGUGGUAUUAAAGAGUUGUGCUAUUUUCAUUUCUGGCUUUAUAGUAACAUUUCAAAAAACAACCAAGCCACUGUGUCUUCUUGGCCACAUCAGUGGAGAGGCUGCAAGGAUUGAUAAGCCCCUGCAAGUUUUCAAAUUCUGUAAAAAUUCGGUUUCUGGUCAUUUUUGAUAAAAGUAUCUUCUAGGGUCUUUUGCCUUGGAUUUGUGUUUCUUGUUUAUUUUUGUUUCGUUUUGGUCAGGGAAGCAUUAAGUUAAGAAAGAAGCAAAUGACUGUUAGGGUGUCUUGCCUUAGGGUAGAAGAAUCUGCCCUUUGGGUCAGUUCCUGGCCUGGAAACACCCAGUAUCAUCAUAUUGUAGAUAAUUUUCCUACUUCAUGAUUAUUCCCUUCCCCUUCCACCCUAUGCUUUGUCCUUUUCAUGCUAAGGUUGUUAAUGACCAGUAGUAUUUUCAUUCCCUCUCCCCCUUGGUUUGACUCUUCAGUCUGUAUGAAGUAUAUGUUGGAGGUUGGAAGGGAUUGCUAAUCAAGUGACAUUUCCCUUCUUUGGAAUAUUGUAUCUAAAAAUAGAACCAACCCAUGAACAAGUUCUUAUUAAGUCCCAGCUGUGUCAAAAUUAGUACAGUGAAACAGUUGCCAGUGGUACUUGACUGCUUAGUCAGGGCUAGGGCAAGUGUUGGUUAGGUGGCAGUUGGGACCUUCCCCCUUUGGGAUCUGGAAGAAUGUAGGUUGGCCAAUCCUCAGUGUGAUCUGAAAGAAGCCACCUUCUGAAAGAUUUUUUUAAACCAUGUCCAUGCUUUCUUCUAAGGGCCUUUGGAAGUCUUUAAGAGAUAUGGUUGUCCCAGAAGAAAACUGCCCCGAACAUUUCUUCCACAGCAGCUUCUCUUGCCUACCAACACUGUUCUCUGAAAUCCACACAACUGCUGCUCAUGUACAUGUAGGUGUGUCUCUACACACGUAUGUGUUUCUUAUCUUGGCCCUGAUUUCUUGGCCCCUGAAAUAAUGCUUGUUACUCUUACUUUUUAAGGCACUGGAGGAUGAGAAAAUAAAGUCUUAACAAGCCCUACUUUCAAAAGCUGACUGGCACAAUUUGACCAGUCGUACUUUUUAAAAUAAAGAUUUGGAUCAUUUUCUUCCCUAGUGCUGUAUAACACUGUAAUGAGCAAAGCUUUUGCUGCUAUUUUCCUGGGUUUAUGUAUUAGGAUGUUCUUCCUCUCUCCCAAACCUCUCCCCUCAUACCCAUGCCCAAUCCCUCCUUUAAAAAUAAGUUAUUUUAUGCAUCACUGGCUAUUAUUUUCUGACUGACCGGAGGCUUGGUGAGGAGAGGUAAGCCUGACGUCUCCCCUGACAAUGAAACACUAACCUCUGAGUCCUUUAUGAGCCAACUGGCAUGUUUACAAGACCUACCUAAAGCAGCUCCUUGAAGUCUCCUGCCCUGAGGAGAACAGUCUAAGCUAGCCCGCUCCUCCUCUUUUAGGGCGCUUGGGAAGGGAGAGCAAGUGAGAGGAGGAUGUCAGUGGUGUCAGCUUCUUACUGUACCACAUUUAACUUCCCAAAGAUGGCUAUGGCUUUAUUUUCUCUCUUCCUGGAGGGUGUUCCCAAACAGCCUGGCAACUCUGCACUAGCCAACUGCUCUGUUCACGUUUGCCCAUUUUAUAGUGCCCCCAAGAGCCAUAGACUGAGCAGCCUUUCUUCUUGUGUAGGGCCCAGAGGCCUAUGAAAUUCUGCUGCGAUAUUGCCUCUGGGGCAAAGGGCAGACAGAUGGUGCUGUUGGAGGGUAGUUUGUCUCUACCAAACCACAGUGUGUUUCAGUACCUUCUUCCAGCGCUACCACCCCCACAAACAUGCUCCUCAUUCCCGCGUUGGAAGGAAGCGGAGCAGGUCCGGAUGGCAUUCAGAUUCCAGACAUUCCUGCCGCCUGAAAUUCCACAGGUUCCUUUACCCAGAGUGUUUUCUCAUGUGCUCAGAGUUGCUGCCGAAUUAAUUAUAUUUCUCCUCCAGGUACAUUCACAAAGCUUUCUUAACAAGUUGUCGAGGCUGCCAUGGUUCCCAGAAUCAUAAUUUUUACUUAACACAAGAUUCCUUUAGCUGUGCACAUGGCUGUGUUUCUUUCCUCCCUAUUAUUUUGAGUUUGAGGGUUGGGGGGAGGGUUAUUUUAAAAAAAAAAAAAAUCCAGGG